CCUCUCUCACCUCAAAAUAUUUCCAACUCCUUCUCUAAAUUAAGCCUAUUAAUAUUUCAAUGGCUAAAGUUCACCCAAACAAGUCAAAUUAUCUAAGUACAACUUCUUCAUCAUCAUCAUCUUUUUCUUCUAUUUCAUCUAACUUUUAUGUGAGUCCAAGAAGAGAAAUAUUCACUUUGUGGAUGAAAUCUCUAGUCUACCAUGGAAAUGGAUGUACUGUUUAUGACUCAAAUGGAAAAAUUGUUUAUAGAAUUGACAAUUACAACAUUAAACGUAGCAAACAAGUUCAUCUCAUGGAUUCCAAUGGCAAAGUUCUCUUCUCUAUUCGAAAUAGGAAAGUUCCUGUAUUUGGACAUUGGGAUGGUUAUAAAUGGAGUUAUGAUGGAGUUACUAGUAAAGAAAUACCAUGGUUUCAAGUGAAGAAAAUUCACAAUGUUCUUAGAGAAGUUAAUGUGAACUAUUAUAAUGUUAUAUUAGGAUGUAAUUCUGAAGCAAGUUGCUAUAACAUUAUCCUUACCACAAAAUCUAUCAAGAUUGUGAACCAACAUGGCCGACUUGUCGCUGAGGUAAAACAAAAACAAGCAAGUUCAGGAGUAUUAUUUGGAGAUGAUGUAUUAACAUUGGUGGUGGAACCUCAUGUUGAUCAAUCAUUAAUUAUGGCUCUUGUCACUGUUUGUGGUCUAAUCCAUCACAAAAUUUGAUUAGUACUUAUUAAUUAGUAGUUUAGUAGUACAAAUAUAAGUUUCUUCCUAGUUACUUUUUCUAAUGUAAUAAUAAUUGUAAUCACUAUCUUCCCUUUGUUCUUGGGAACAGGGAAAAGAGAAGUUAUUAUAGUUUGUACCUUGAGGAAUGAGUUGUUUACAUGUAAAUCUUGUGAUUAAAGUUGAAGUGUACAACUCUAUAUUAUCACUAAAUUUGGA